AUGACAUUACCUGAACAUUUUGAAGAUAAUAUAACAAUUUAUAUGACACAUUUUUUAAUACUUCUUUCUUAUGAUCAUCCAACACUUCAUUCAAAUAAUAAUGAUCCUGAAAUAUUAGAUCAAGUUAAAGCCAAAAUUUGUCGUGCUACUAUUCUUUAUGUAAAUAAUUAUACUGAUGAUUGUAAACCAUUUGCACUAUAA